UUCUUACAAUAAAGAUAACAGAUUGAUACAUUUCUAUGUACCGAAUUAUUCGUCAGUGGACUAUGCGUUCAAAAGGCCAUCUAGAUAACGACAGUGAACAAUUGAACUCAGUAUCGAUUAUCAGAUCCACUGCAAAACGAGCGGAUCAACAUGUCAGAUAAGAUAGCAGUUUCCUUAGUUGAGGAAGGAAACGCAGAAAAACACGCAAAAGAAACACUGAACGAAACCGAGGAGACAAGGACUUCUGGAUUACACGAUAUCAAAAAAUGGCUAACAGAAGAAAAAACAAACCUCCAUGCCCGUCUAGAAGACCAAUACAUCCUUCCGUUCUUGAGGGGAUGCAAGUUCGAUCUGAAAAAAACCAAAGCCAAACUGAAAAGGUUUUACAAGAUGCGCAGAGACGUGCCAGAAUGGUUCAGGAACAGAGAUCCGAGCCUUCCUGAGCUGCAGGAGCUGAUGAAGCUGGGGUGCUUCGUGCCUCUGAGGCGGUUUCACGAAAACAAGUUGGUCGUUAUAGUGCGUGUGGCUGUACACAAUCCACGGAUACACCAGCAGAACGAUGUCUUCAAACUUGGCAAUAUGCUCACGGAUGUGGCAGCUAUGGAAUACGCGGUUGCCGCUCAAAUUUACGGGGUUGUCGCCAUAUUCGAUAUUGCAGUGGGAGUUCAUGAAGCAACUGCUCGUAGAGCAAUCCGCAAGUACGAACAAACAGGAAGUACCGCUCGGAGGAUUUUACUGAGCGGAUUUUACGGAAUCGAUCAAAUACUGGUAAAUGUUCAGCAAGAUCUUCGCCAAAUUUGUGAUGUUGCAGUAAGUAAGCAGACGGUAUGUAGACGUCUAAAAGAAGUUAAUUUAAAAGCUAGGAGCCCUGCAAAAGGUCCCAAAUUAUUUCCCGAACAUCGUGCUGCUAGAAGAAAUUUUGUUGAAAAUUAUGGACAGUGGUAUAUUCCUGAAUGGUCAAAUGUCUUGUUUACGGAUGAGUCAAGGAGAAGAACUGGUGAACGGUUUAAUCAAAAUUCAAUAACAGAAUGCGACAGUUUUGAUGGUGGGUCCGUUAUUGGUUGGGGAGGGAUUUCAAUGAAUGGAAAGACACCCCUUCAUGUUUUUCCGGUGAGGCAGUCGAUGAAUGCCCAAAUUUACAUUGACAUUUCAGAGCAGAUAAUGCCCCGACCACACACCGCAGCAAUAGUGCGAAACUUCUUAGAAGCUACUGGUAUUACCACAUUACAAUGGCCUGCGAGAAGCCCCGAUAUGAAUCCUAUAGAACAUUUGUGGGAUGAAUUAGGGAGACGGGUACGUUAUCGCAAGAGGUCUCCGGAAAGUCUCGCAGAAAUGGCAGAUGCAUUAGUGGAAGAAUGGGAUCGUAUACCAAUGGAAACGAUAAGCAACUUAAUUUCCAGUAUGCCUCGUAGAUUAGAAGUUCUUAGAGUUGCUAGUGGAGGCAAUACACGGUAUUAA